AUGCCGAGCACAGCACCUGCAGCAGACGCCCAGCCCUUCGGCUUUGAAAGAAAGUUGAGCACUUCAAUUCAACGCCUUCGAGCCAAUAGCAUCCACCAUGAACGCACCUUCGGAUCUGGCGAACACUCCAAGUACGAUCUACGCGCCCUGGCUGAGAGAUCGUCACACUCAUACAUUUCCAGGUCGCAGCUCUAUCUCCACAGACUGAAGUCAGUUAACCGCCGCGGUGGCCACGACCUGAGCAACGACGAGGCUCUUUUCUUCCUCUCAUUGCCUGACAAGAUCCGCCGUCUUCACUUCACCACAGAGGAGAACAUCCUGAUGCGAGCCGCAUGCGAACUGCAACUGUCCAAGCAACCUCGCUACGAGAACGCUCGUCCACUUCCCCUCAGAUCUUGGACCGACGGAGGCGCUUCCACCAGCCACAGCUACGCCAGUUCGUCUUUCAGCCGCUACACCAUGGCCGGACCCGCUUCUGUUCCUUCGACGCCAACGACUUCUGAUGGCGGAUACUCCUCGGUCACCAGCAGCCGUACCUCAUCUCGUCCUCGCACGGAAUCCAUCGUGUCUUCCAAUGCUUCUGUUCGACCCUUCAACCCACUGGGCUGCCACCCUCUUGGAGACUCCCGUACCACCAUCAUGUCGCAGAGUCCCUUCGAUUACACCAAAGUCGUUUCCAAGGUUCCCGACACUCCAAGCUCCACAACUAGACAAUACCUUGACCCCAAGACCAGAAUGUUGAUCCGCCAAUGUACCGCCUCCCCUGAAGCAUUCGAUGAGGUCCUCAACUUUGGAUACCAUACCGAGGACUCCCCUACUACCAGCUCGCACUCGACUUCGGACUACCAAUUCGAUGAAGGCUUAAGCUCAUCAGACGACAUGACUUGCGACGACGAAGACGAAUUUGCACUUGACUCCGAUGACGAACCCUGGACUCCCAGCUCGGAGAGUAGCUGGCACAUUCACUCGCCCUAUCUGCCAGUCCAGCGUUUCGACAGCAGUUACUUCCAGCCCAAGCAACGCCCAAUGACUCUGCGUGUCACUCUGACCAAGCCUGAGAACAAAGUUCUGGAUGACUCGCCCAUCCGUGCAUCAAAGCCAGGUCAGCAUGAUUACUCAAGCCCGAGAAUCGAGGAUCCCCUGGCACUUGAGCAACUUACCUUCUCGGACGACGUCACCGGAAGGUACGGAGCCUUCGCUUUCACUCCUACCAAGGACAGCAGCAAGAUGAAGAAGUUGUUGAAGAGAUUGACGAUGUACUGA